CUCAAAUAUAGCAGCGAUACCAUUAGCCCGGCACAUCCGCAGCGGCAUUAGCUUCUGUGGUCGAAAUCCUCACGUUGGCGCGUGAGCAGGCUAAAUCGCUUGGUAUACCAUUGGCGACUCACCUUUCCAGCCACCUUUUGUCCCGAUUAGGCAAGAUGUCAACUUCAAUGGGAGACCAACUGCGAAGCUCCACGGAAAAGGUGCCUGGGAAGGAUUUAUUUCCAAGAUCAUGCAGUCAUAGCUGGGAGUUUGUAUGGCGGGGAAAAUGAGCAUGCGAAGAGCAUUGCAAGGUUGAUAUAGCACGGUCGUGUGCUUGUCUAGAGGGAAGAGUAUAUUGCUUGCAGUGCUGCACAGGCUGUUGCUGGUUUCACAGCAUACUCACUGACCUUCGUUCGUCAAUCUAAUAACUAAUUACGGGCUCAAGAUGCCUUUCACUCGUUCCGGGGCGGCAAUUGCUUGCCUUGCAACGGCAUUCGAGCUUGUUGCUGCUCAAGGUGGACCCGGUUCCUGGGGUCCUUCGAUACCGUUUCCAAUAGUGACAGUUUCCGGAGCCAUUGCGCCUGACACAGGGAACCUCAUUGUCUGGUCAAGUCGCGAUCGGGAUUGGUCAGGCGAUGGCAAUGUCGGGCAGACCUUUUCUGCGGAGUACAACUGGAGGACUGGAGCAGUCAACGAGCGUCUCGUGUCACAGACAAACCACGAUAUGUUCUGUAGUGGUGUCUCCAUGGGUCAUCAGGGCGAUAUUCUAGUCACUGGAGGUUCUUCAGCAACUCGUUCGAGCUUCCACGACUGGAGGACACCAGAUGUCUGGAAGCCAGGGCCAGAGCUUAAAAUUCCUCGCGGAUAUCAAACACAGACGACUUUGAGUGACGGCAGAAUGUUCUUGAUCGGUGGCUCAUGGAGUUCUAUGACUGCUGGCUGGUGGACCGGCGUCAAUGGAGGCAAACAUUCUGAGAUCUGGGAUCCUUCGACAAACGCUUGGGAGCUGCUGCCGGGUAUUCCAGUUGAUCCGAUUCUCACUGACGACUGGGCGGGCUUGUAUCGAUCUGACAAUCAUGCGUGGCUGCACACUUGGAAAGAUGGUUCAGUGUUCCACGCCGGGCCCAGCAAGAGGAUGAACUGGUUCUAUACAAAUGGCGAAGGCAGCCAUGCUCCAGCUGGCGAGCGAGAUGGUGUAGAUGCUAUGUGUGGCUUCAGUGUCAUGUAUGAUGCUGUCGCAGGAAAGAUCCUGAGUGGCGGUGGUGCUCCCAGCUAUGAGGAGUCCGCGGCCAUAACCAAUUCGCACAUCACAACAAUCAACGAAGCAUCGGGCAUCGCUCAGGUCAAGCAGCUGAAGGGCCUGAACCGAGGACGCAUCUUCGGUGAUGGCAUUCUUCUUCCCACCGGGCAUGUACUUACGACUGGUGGCAUGUCGUGGGGCAAAGUCUACACCGAUGCAACGGCCGUCACCGUGCCUGAGAUAUGGGAUCCUGUUACUGAAGAGUGGACUGAGCUGGCAGAUGAACUUACUCCUCGCACAUACCACUCUAUUGGCGUGCUGCUCCAGGAUGGCACUGUCUUCAGUGGCGGCGGUGGUCUUUGCGGUGUUGUGUGCGUCAAUGGAAUCAACCACUUCGACGGCAAGAUCUUCACACCGCCCUAUCUGUCAGGUGGUGAAGGUACCCGACCGACGAUUGAUUCCACGAGCACCCAAGAUGUUCCAGUUGGCGGCACAUUGAUCGCCACGCUGGGCGCUAACCCGGACAAUGCCACUUUUUCUCUGGUCAGACUUUCCACUGUGACACACGUCGUGAACACUGAUCAGCGCCGAGUGCCAUUGACCCCAGUCGCUCGAAAGGGAAAUUCGUAUACGCUGCAGCUGCCAGGCGACGCAGGAGUCUUGCUUCCAGGCUACUGGUAUUUGUUCGCAAUUAGUUCCGCUGGCGUACCGAGCGUUGCACAAAUUAUCAAGGUUCAUAUUUAA